AUGACGGGUUCCUUGCGAGCGCUGUACAACUCGUACAGCAUCCUACUCCUCGGCUUCUUAUUCUCAAUCUGCUUCGACUCCGCAGCCGCUCAUGUGGUGUCUAAGCCACGAUCUACAACAUCAGGCCGUCAACGCACUUCGCUAAACGCAGACUGGCGAUUUGAGCGUUUCACCUCGGAUCCAGAUGGCAUGAGUUAUGAGGGCUUGAAGCCGUGGAUGCUACCUUGCGCGAACGACUUCAUCACUGGAGAAAAGUACGAGAGACCAUCUGGUGCCGCUCCCGGCGCCAACAUCAGCUAUGUUCAGUCGAGCUUCGACGAUGCCGCAUGGGAAGCUGUCUCGCUCCCGCAUGACUGGGCUAUCUCCGGCACAUUCGACGCCCCAGGCGUUGAGGGAGGUCAAGGUCGUUUGCCGAUCAAUGGAAUCGGAUGGUACCGCCGCACACUCUCCAUGGAUGCGGAAGUCCUUCAAUCUGGCAAAUCCGUCUUUCUGGAUGUCGAUGGAGCUAUGUCGUAUGCUGCGGUAUGGCUGAACGGUCACCUUGUUGGUGGAUGGCCAUACGGCUACAACUCUUUCCGUCUGGAUCUUACUCCUUACGCGAAGGCUGGAGAGAACACACUCGCUAUUCGCCUGGACAACAAGCUCGACUCAUCGCGCUGGUACCCGGGCGCUGGUAUCUACCGUAAUGUUUGGCUUGUCACUGUCAACCCAGUGCAUGUUGGACAUUGGGGAACCUACGUCACUACUCCUAGCAUCUCGGAGGCGGAAGCCACUGUCGAGAUGGUCCUUGAUCUGGAGAACAAGGGUAACAGCAGUCAACAUGUUGAAGUUGUUACCGAAGUCUUCGGGCGCGACGCGGCGACAAAACAAGCUACUGGUGAAGCUGUCGCAAAAUUUGCUGCAGCGAACGCGGACGUUUCAGGCCAUUCCAAGAAGGCAGUACACGGCUCAGUCACGGUUCCGAACCCCAAGCUUUGGGGACCGCCACCUAGCCAGAAGCCCAACGAGUACGUCGCUAUCUCCACCGUGUCAGUCGGUGGAGAGGCUGUGGACAGCUAUGAAACGGUAUUUGGUAUUCGCUCGGUCACGUAUGACCCAAACCAAGGUGUUCUCAUCAACGGCGAACGUAUCUACGUUCAGGGAUCUUGCAACCACCAUGACCUGGGCGCUCUUGGAGCGGCUUUCAACACCAGGGCUGCAGAACGUCAGAUCGAAAUCCUACAAGAGAUGGGCAAUAACGCUCUUCGCACGUCUCACAACCCGCCUGCCCCCGAGUUCCUUGAUCUCGCCGAUCGGUACGGUCUCAUGGUCAUGGAUGAGAUCUUCGAUACCUGGAACUUUCCCAAAGUGGAGAACGACUUCCAUCGCAUCUUCCAAGAAUGGCAUGAGCCUGACCUCCGAUCGUUCAUGCGCCGUGAUCGCAACCACCCUUCUAUCAUCUCAUGGAGUGUUGGCAACGAGCUUCCUGAACAAAGGAACUCUACCGGUACUGAGACUUGCAGAACGCUCCAAGACAUAGCUCACGAAGAAGACCCUACCCGCCAAGUGACUAUCGGUAUGAACAACGCUAACGCCACUACUGGGAUAGCAGCCGUCAUCGACAUCAUCGGUUUGAACUACCAAGGUGAAGGCAAAGGAGACUCCUGGGUGAGCACCUUCCCCAGUUUCAAACAAGAAUUCCCCGAGAAGAUGAUCUGGAGCACCGAAUCUGCAUCAGCACUCAGCACUCGCGGCAAAUACCUCUUCCCUAUCACCGCAAACAAGAGUGCUAUCGUAGGCGGCGGACCAGGGGAAGGCGGUGACCCAGAGAACAACAUUGUGUCUUCAUACGAUCUCUACGCACCUGAAUGGGCCGCUUCACCAGAUAAAGUGUUCGAACAGCAAGACAGGCACCCAUAUGUCGCCGGUGAAUUUGUCUGGACUGGAUUUGACUACAUCGGUGAACCCACCCCAUACGACAACUCAAGCCGCAGUUCCUACUUCGGUAUCAUCGACCUGGCUGGGUUCAAGAAAGAUCGCUUCUACCUCUAUCAAGCACGCUGGAGACCAGAUCUACCCAUGGCCCACAUCCUCCCCCAUUGGACGUGGCCCGAAGAUCGCAUCGGCGAGAUCACACCCGUACAUGUCCACACUUCUGGUGAUGAGGCAGAACUCUUCGUCAACGGUGUCUCCGCAGGCCGUCAGUCAAGAGGAAAGUACGACUACAGACUCCGCUGGGAUGGUGUGAAGUAUCGCCCUGGCAACAUCAGCGUCGUCGCCUACAAGGAGGGUAAGGAAUGGGCUACCGCAUCUCAGUUCACAGCUGGUUCCGCUGCGUCGCUGAACGUGACUGCUGAUCGCACGACAAUUGCUGGUGACGGCUACGACCUCUCAUUCAUCACUGUUUCUGUGCAUGAUGAGAAUGGCAUCUUAGUUCCGAUGGCGGAUGAUGAAAUUAGCUUUGAGGUCUCGUCUGGCCCGGGCGUUAUCGUUGCGACGGAUAAUGGUGAUCCGACAGACAUGAGCCCGUUCCCGGAGACGAAGAGGAAGGCGUUUGGCGGAAUGGUCCUGGCUAUUGUAAGGAGCGAGGCGGGUGCUAGUGGGGAGAUUGUGGUUGAGGCGAAGGCGGAAGGUUUGAGUGGUGGGAAGGUUGUUCUUACUGCUAACUAG